AUGAAGCUUCGCAUGUUGGGACUGUUGGAUCCUGCUUUCGCGAACGAUGGAGAGCCGGUGGACAUGCACGAGUACAUCGAGCGCGGCAAUCAGAUGGUGAAGGCAGGGAGAUUCAAAGCAGCUGCGGGCCUCUUCUCAGAGGCACUCAAGGCCUGCUCUCAACAGCGUGCCGUCGAUCUCGACCUCGAGGUGGACAUCAUCAAGUCGCGAGCGAAGUGCUGGAAAGCCCUUGGCUGCUUCUCCGAGCUCAAGGAGGAUGCCUCCAAAGUCUUGAAGCUGACUGGCAACCGCGACAACGAUGCUUUGCAGUGGCACAGGGCGGCAGACGAGGGCCUCCAGCACAAGAGCCGCAAUGGCAAUCGGGACCGGGAAGUGCUUCAGCCGCGGGAGGCCUCCGGGAUGGAAGCCAGGAUUUUCCGAUAG